GUCGGGGCUAAAGUGGGAUAUUCGUAUCUCCCCAGGACAGUGCAGUGUGGUGUGCACACUGAGCUGCACAUGUAGUUUAGUUUUGAAAACACAAUUUCUGAAUUAUGUCACGGAUAUUAAACUCGGUGAAAGUCCAGCUGCGGAGAGAUUUGUCCGCGUAUCGUGGGACUGCUCUCCUUCCUCUGAGGACCAUCUUCUGCACUGCGAGAAAACACGCUGAAGAGAGUAAUGUGUCCUCGGUUUUGGGGAAGCGGUGGAAGGACACGGCCGACACUGUCAUCAUCGGUGGUGGAUGUGUCGGGGUCAGCUUGGCCUAUCACCUGGCCAAAGCAGGCAUGAAGGACGUGGUGCUGCUGGAGAAGUCUGAGCUGACGGCGGGAUCCACCUGGCAUGCUGCUGGUUUGACCACAUAUUACCAUCCUGGCAUCAAUAUCAAGAAAGUUCACUAUGACAGCAUUAAAUUGUACGAGAGCCUGGAGGCCGAAACUGGACAGGCGGUGGGCUUUCACCAGCCUGGCAGCGUCCGCAUUGCUUCUACGGCGGCUCGGGUGGAUGAGAUGAAAUACCAGAUGACCCGCACGCACUGGCAUGUGACACAGCAGUACUUCAUCGGACCGGAGAAAGUCAAAGAACUUUUCCCUUUGCUCAACAUUGACAAGGUGUUGGCAGGUCUCUACACCCCGGGAGACGGCCACAUUGACCCAUACUCCCUGACUAUGGCUCUGGCUGCCGGGGCUCGUAUGUACGGUGCCCAGAUCUACAACCCAGCCCCGGUCACUGCCCUCAGCCCAACCGCUGAUGGCAAGUGGGACGUCCAGACUCCUCAUGGAACGAUCCGCGCCAAUCGCAUUGUCAAUUCUUCAGGUUUCUGGGCGAGGGAAGUGGGACAGAUGAUUGGGUUCGAACACCCAACUAUCCCAGUGCAUCACCAGUACGUGGUGACGGCAACGGUACCAGAGGUGAAGGCUCUGGAGAAGGAGCUGGCUGUCAUCAGAGACCUGGAGGGCUCUUACUACCUGCGUCAGGAACGAGAUGGCCUGCUGUUUGGCCCGUAUGAAAAGAUGGAGAAGAUGGUGCUGCAGGACUCCUGGGUCAGAGACGGUGUACCUCCAGGUUUCGGUAAGGAGCUAUUUGAGUCUGACCUUGACAGGAUAAUGGAGCAUGUCGAGAUGGCCAUGGAGAUGGUCCCUGUGCUGAAGAAAGCGGACAUUAUCAACAUCGUGUCUGGACCAAUCACAUACACCCCCGACCUGCUGCCCAUGGUGGGACCACACCAGGGAGUUCGCAACUACUGGACUGCCAUUGGUUUUGGUUAUGGAGUCAUCCAUGCUGGCGGUAUCGGUAAGUUCCUGAGUGACUGGAUUAGGAACGGAGAGCCUCCCUAUGACCUGAUUGAAUGCGACCCUAACCGCUACGGCAAAUGGGCAGAUGUACCAUUCAUGUGUGCCAAAGCUCGCGAAUCCUAUGGCUUCAACAAUGUGGUUGGUUACCCCAAGGAGGAGCGUUUUGCUGGCCGGCCAACCAGCCGAACUAGUGGUGUUUACGACCUGCUGAAGGACCAAGGAUCCAUGGGCUUUCACGCUGGCUGGGAACAACCUCACUGGUUCUACAAACCUGGAGACGACACUGGAUACAAGCCCAGUUUCUGUCGCACCAACUGGUUCGGACCAGUUGGCAGAGAGUGCAAGCUGGUGAUGGAGAAGGUGGGAGUGAUCGACCUGACUCCUUUUGGAAAGUUCAUCGUGAAGGGGAAGGACUCCCAGAAGCUGCUGGACCGCCUCUUUGCUAACACCAUGCCCAAGGUGGGCCACACUAACAUCAGCCACAUGUUGACGCCCACUGGGAGGGUCUUUGCUGAGGUCACCGUCACCCAGCUGGCACCGGGAGAGUUUUUGCUCAUCACUGGCUCGGGGUCGGAGCUACACGACCUCAGGUGGAUGGAGACGGAAGCUGCAGAUGGCGGAUACGACGUCGACAUCAGCAACGUAACAGAGGAUAUUGGCGUGCUGGGCAUUGCGGGACCAAACUCGCGCAAAGUGCUUCAGAAGCUGACGGAUGAGGAUAUGAGUGACGCCGGAUUCAAAUUCCUCCAAUGCAAGACCAUCAAGCUGGCGGGCACACCUGUCAGGGCCAUCAGGAUCUCCUACACAGGUGAGCUCGGCUGGGAGCUGUACAUUGACCAGAAGAGCAUGGCAGCUGUGUACCAGGCCAUGAUGGAGGCGGGAAAAGAGGAAGGCAUCGACAACUUCGGCACCUACGCCAUGUCCUCCCUCAGACUGGAGAAGGGCUUCAGAGGCUGGGGGGCUGAGAUGAACUGUGACACCAAUCCUCUGGAAGCUGGGUUGGAUUAUUUCAUCAAACUGAACAAGCCUGCUGACUUCAUUGGCAAAGCAGCCCUUCAGGAGAUCAAGGCCAAAGGCCUGAAGAGGAAGUUGUCCUACAUCACACUGGAUACGGAUAAUAUCGACCCAGAGGGCAACGAGACCAUCUGGCACAAUGGCAAGGUGGUCGGCAACACGACGUCCGGAGCCUACAGCUACAGCAUCCAGCAGAGCCUGGCGUUCGCCUACCUGCCUCCGGAGCUGUGCUCCGUGGGCCAGAAAGUGGAGGUGGAACUGCUGGGGAGGAAAUACCCCGCCAUGGUCGUCCAGGAGCCCUUGGUCCUCACCGAGCCCACACGGACUCGGCUGCAGAAGAAAGCAAAGAGCAAAGCAUGAGCAGGGGACUGUCCUCGUUUGUCAGUUUGUCACCGGCUAAUGAAGAACAAUCUCACUAAUCUAAGGCUGAAGCUGUUGUGGAAAGGAAUCGUGUGCAGUCCAUGUACUGAGGUGUUUUUUUUUUUCUCUGUGGUUCACUUCAGGAGACUGUAAGAGUCACAGUCACAUAGUUGACUACUUCCUCUUCCCUGUUGCGGUCUUAAAUAGACUCAGCAUGUGAGAAUGCUUAGUCCCAAACCUUACAGUGUGUUGCUCAGACAUAACAACUGUUGCCUGAUGUAGUUGCACCAUAGUGUCUUAAAAUGUUAGAAUGGUAAUUGACUUUUUCUAAUUCCACGAAUGACUGUAAAUGGUUUACGGGUCAACAUUUGAACCUCUAAGUGUGAAAAAUGCUUGAUUUUUGAAAAGGAUUCAAACUGAAA